ACCUUACUUGCUGAAAUUUGAUCAUGGUAAAGCACGGUAGAUCCCUUUCUUGGACGGACCCAUCGGGUAAUGUUUACCAUUACUAUGACAAUCCCAUGUUCAAGGCCGUGGUAUUCGUUCUGUUACAAGAGCUGUGUGAGCGGUUGGCAUUCUAUGGACUUACUCCGAAUCUCCAGACUUUCUUAAAGGAAUUUCUGGGGUACACCGAUACUACCGCCAACUCUUACAUUUCUAGUUUCAAUGCAAUCUUGUACGUGACCCCUUUGAUAUCAGCCUCAUUGGCCGAUACUAUUCUGGGAGUCUACAUCACCAUUCUGAGCUUCUCGUUGGUCUACUUGUGUGGCUUUGUCCUGCUGACCAUUUCGAGUAUCCCCUCGGUACAUCAGCCGUGGAUGAUUCACACAUCAUUGUUGGUUCUCAUCCCUCUAGGUGGUGGCGGUAUCAAGAGCUGUGUUAACAUUAUGGGCGCCCACCAAUUUCACCCCGAGAUCCACAAGUCCCUAAUUACCCGUUAUUACACAUAUUUCUAUGCGUCGAUCAAUCUAGGUGCUAUUGUUGGCGGUAUUGUGACUCCUAUCUUACUACAAGAGAUCUCAUUCACCGCAAGUUUCCUUUUUCCCACUAUUUUCUUCAUUAUAGCAACCAUUAUUUUCGUCGGUGGUGGUCUCAUGGGUAGAUAUGUUCGUCCGAAGCCACAGGGCUCGGCAGUUAUUCAAAUCAUGAAGGUUGGUGUGGCCUCUAUCCUGAAGUGCUCUCUUGAGAAGAAUAAAGAGUCAAAUGGUGGCAAGUUCAAGGAUGGUUUCAUUGAAGAUGUCAAAGCACUCCUGAGGUUGAUACCACUCUUCUCUCUAAUCAUACCUUUCGUGAUGGCCUAUAACAACAUGACCACUGCCUUCUUAACCCAAGCCCAGAAGAUGGAUAGGAAUACCCUCGGGUGGCAGAUUCCACCUGCUAUGAUGCAAAAUGUGGAUCCAAUAGCGGUUGUCGUUAUGUCACUCGUUGUUGAUGGUGUCGUUUAUCGUCUACUAAGGAAGCACAAUAAGAUGCCUCCCGUGUUGGGAAGGUUUUGCAUAGGUUGUUGCUGGGGAGCUUUGUCACUCCUAUGUGCCCUUAUUGUGGAAUUGGUCAUUAAGUCACGUCCUGUAUUCACGGUAUCGAUUUGGGCCCAAGUACCUCAAUUCUGGUUUAUCGCUACUGGUGAGAUUUUCCUCAUUUCGACAUCAUACGAGAUUGCAUUCACCCACUCCCCGAGUUCCCUCAAAGCUGUCGCCUCCGCUGUUAACUUGUGCUUCUUCGCAAUUUCCAGCGCGUUGUCAGCUGUGUUGUUCGAUUUGGCCGAGCCCUGGCUGCCCAAUUUUCUACCAGAUAACCCCACUCGCGAGUCGGUGGCAGGAGCUCAUUAUGAUUACUACUAUCUUGUAUUGAUUGGUCUUUGUCUCUUUGGAGCUAUCGCGUCCUUGUCGUUGCUUCCAUAUUUCAACAAAGUGGCGCGGAAGAAUGCUGAGAGGCAAGCUGAGGCUGAUAAAGAGCGGGAGGAAGAAGCCAGAAUUGCCUCCUCUGAAGAGGUUGUCGACUCUCAGUGAGUCUGUUGGAGUUGCGAUUAAACUUUACAUUCGGUCCUAGUCAAGUAUCGUCAUUCAAGUCAGGAAUAGGGUCGGUUAUUGUCCCAUUCGAAGUCUCAUGUU